UUCACUUAAUCAAAAAAAAAAAAAAAAACAACUCCCAAUAUAGUAUGUACAAUGUUGAGUUGAUCCUUGAAAGAUCUUUGGGACCAAAUCCUUUUAACUAUUCCUUCACUCGCACUUUUCUUCUUCCUUCUUGGCGCCCCGACACGACAUCUUUCUUUGUCUCCCGCCCCUAAAAAACGCCACGACCAAACUACCAUCGAGAAAAUGAACAUGCAGUUCACCGGAAAGCCACCGGCGGUUGUGGACAUCGAGCAGAUGCCAGAGACACCCCUGCGAGGUUCCCACCACCGCAGGGCCCACUCCGACACCUCUUUCCGCUUCCCCAACUUGGACGACCUCCUCCUCUUCGACCCCACGGACCUUGACCUCGACCUCUCCUCUUUCCCUUCCCCUUCCCCCACGGCAACUGGCGCUGCUAUGGCCUUAGACUCAUCCGACGAGUCUGGCAACCCCAACAAGUCCAACUCUACCGCCAAGCCCACCGUCGGACAGAUGGGUUACCACUUCCGUAGCCUGUCCGUUGACUCCGACUUCUUCGAUGAACUGGGCCUCGGCGGUGGAAAGGAGGCUGUGGGGGAGAAGAGGGUGCACCAUCAUAGGCACAGCAACUCUAUGGACGGCUCGUCGACGGCGUCGUUCGACGCUGACUCUGCCAUGGAGAUUAUGGACGGUGAAAAGAAGUCCAUGGGUCCUGAUAGACUUGCGGAGCUUGCUUUGAUUGAUCCCAAAAGAGCUAAAAGGAUCCUAGCUAAUAGGCAAUCUGCCGCACGUUCAAAGGAAAGGAAGAUGCGCUAUACUGGUGAGCUGGAGAGGAAGGUGCAGACGCUUCAGUCGGAAGCAACCACCCUUUCAGCUCAGGUCACUUUGCUACAGAGAGACACUACUGGCUUGACUGCUGAGAAUAAAGGGCUCAAAUUGCGAUUACAAGCUAUGGAGCAACAAGCACAUCUAAGAGAUGCUCUGAAUGAAGCACUGAGGGAAGAAGUGCAGCGGCUGAAGAUAGCAGCAGGCCAACUUUCGGCUGUCAACGGGAACCCUUACAACAGAGGAUUAUCCUCUCAAUAUUCGUCCCAGCAGCCAGCCUUACACCACUUCGGUAGCCCUCAGACCCAGCCACACCAACAGCAACAGCUUCACGUGAUGCAGUCAUCUUCCAACAACCAGACUGCAAAUGGACCGCCUCGCCCUAGCUUCUUGGACUAUAACCAGGAGGGGUAGUAACAUCACAGGUUUAGCGAUGUACAUGUAUGUAUGUAUAUGUAUAGGUGUGGCAGUUAAAAUUUGUGAAGGGUGUUACUUGGAUAAGCCCCUUGUAUCAGUUGCAGAUAUGGCUGUUCAGCGACUCCUAGGAUAGAAUAACUUAAAAAAAUAUGCUAUAGAGAAACUCCACUACAACAACUAAUGGUUGGAUGAACAUUGUUACGUUUUCUUAUAGAACAGAACAAGGAGCUUCUUCUGGUUUAGAAUUAAUGUAACUUAAUAAUAGUUAUUGUUUUUCUCGCCUUA